AUGGCAGUGCCCUGGGAGAAAUAUUUCCGACUGGCCUUGCAAGAGAAACUGUCUACGAAGAUCCAGGGGCAGAAUGUGGACCACGUCCCACCGCCACUGCUGCGUCUCUUGGAGAAGAGGCAGGAACUGGUGGAUGCGGACCAGGGCCUUCAGGCCCAGAAGGAGGUGUUCCAGACUAUGCAGGCAUCCCUGAAACAGCGGUGGGAACAAUUGGAACAGAAAGAGCAGGAGUUAAAGGGGUCCUUUGUCCGCUUUGAAAAGUUUUUGCAGGAUGCGGAGGCCCGGCGCAGCCGCGCACUGCGGAGGGCGGCGGAGGAGCGGCAACUGGCGGGCCGCCGGGAGGCGGAGGCGCUGCGGCUUCGGGCUCAGCUGGAGGAGCUGCAGCGGGAGCGCGCGCGGCUGCAGCGCCUGCUUUGGCGCCUCGAGCCUUGCGCGCGCCUGCUGGGGCAAGUACUGGAGCAGCUGCCCGAGUUCCAAGAGGUCCCCGAGCUGGUGGCGCGCUUCGACUGCCUGACCGACACGCAGGCGGCGCUGAGGCUCACGGAGCGCCAGCGGCUCGCGGAGCUGGAGGAGGCGCGCGCGCGGCUGCGGCGGCUGCGGGACACCUGGCAGGACGAGCUGCUGCGGCAGGGCCAGCGGCGAGCGCAACUGCUGGAGCAACUGGAGGCGGCGCGGGAGCGCACGCUGCACUGGGAAUCCAAGUGUAUUCAGAUCCAGAACACCGGGGCUGAGAAGACCCUGCUCCUGGGACGCACCAGGAUGGCAGCACUCAACCUGUUCCAGCUAGUGUGCCAGCACCAGAGGCGGCCACCUGCCCUGGACAUCAAGGACACCGAGGGGCAGCUGGAGCAGGUGAAGCUCUUCAUCCUGGACCUCUCCACCAUGCUGGCUGGCCUCCAUCAGGCCGAGCCCACCAGCCCCGCCUCCUGA